AUGUCCGUUAUCUCAAUGGAGUCCGAAUUGGUCGCCAGGGUCAACGAGCUGGUUGAACUGUGCAAGCGUGCGGUCGUAUGUUCAGUGGGCCCUUCGAUUAACGCCAGUUUUAGACGGAACAAAAAGUGAGCGAUGAGUCAGUGGGCUGUAUCAAUGCUAUGCACUCGAAGCCUACCAAGUCCAAAAGUAUGCUGGUACAUUAUUUUUAAUCGUUUAAUGUUUCAGCUCCUAUGGAUCAGCGAAAGAAGCUGAAACAGAAACUGCAAUUAGCUCUGAAAGAUGCUGAAAAUGUGCAGGAGUAACUAUUCUUUAUACCUGCUAUGCCAUUAUUCUCAGAGCGCUCCUAGCCGCGCAGUCAAAAAUUUUGGAGAUAAAGGCCAUCGAACACAAAAUAAGUAACCUCUUCCAUCCCUAUUUUUUAUUUACUGAAAACGCCUUAGAGGUAGCGAAAGGUCCGCGCAGUUUUCGACGUGGUGUGCUUAUGUCCUUGCUACAAGACAACGCCAAAUCGCUCCCUCUCUGGGCUGGAAAGGUCGGAGCUCCGUAAGUUGUUGAAAGUAGAGACAAACGGAUCUUUGUUCUAGCCCACCGUCUCUUUGUGGUGCAGUAGGUACGUCCAAACCGGAAGACUACGUUGUCGCUGGAGACCAUGUUGCCGCCUUGGUCCCCGAUCCGGAGGCGCGUGGUUCUGACUCUGACACUCUUGAAAGCUGGAUUUUGGCCGAGAUCGUUGCCUACAGCGCGGAAAAGAAGGAAUUUCAGGUGGACGAUGUGGAUGCCGAAGAGGGAAAAGUGUAAGUAGGACCCUAUUUUUCACGUUUUUCUCCAGACGCGACAUCAGCGCGAGAAAGUACUUGAGAGAUAACCGUUUCCAUUAGCUAAUAAAUCCCUCCCCCCUGCAAUAUGCGCAUCGAAAGCCACCAUCCAUGUUUUUUUAAAAAAAAAUAGUUAUAACUCAGAAAAUCAGUUGGCAAGCGUGCACACGUUUUCCAUAAAUUUUACUAGCCCGGUGCGGUUUUCGGGAUGGGCGACAUCUUAGCGCACAUGCCAAUGAAAUACAGUCAGUUAAGCCGGUUCCUACGACUCAUGUAGGGUGCAAAUAUUGAAAGGGAGAAAAACGGAAUUUACAUUUUGGUGAGAGAAGUCGGUGUACGCUUUGCCUACGGGACGCGAAUAUCUGUAAUUUAGCGGCGGCCUUGAAUAUGUCAGGAGCAUUCACUUUUGAGGUCAGUUUCCAGCGUGCUACGGCAUACGAAGGACCCGCGUUCUGUUAGGUUCUCUCAGGUAAUACCCCGAAAUAUUGAUUCGAGAGUCUCGGCUUGACGUACUUAUCACUACUCCUUGACGUUUUAUCCCUCAUCAAGGAUCUGGCGGCCAAAAGCACAUUAGUUAUGUAAUUUCUUAAACGGGCUAUAAGAGUCUCAUAUGCGCAUUAGUUGUAAGUUGGAUAUACCCAGGAGGACAGACGCAUGCCCUGCUCAUCGUAUCGGCUCCUGUUAAUUUCGUUUGUGCUAAAGCGCCACAAGAGGGGCGUCUUCGCCGACCCCAGUGAGGGUGGACCACCGGUUGAGGUGUCUGACGAACAUGGGGGAGAUGUGUGUUAUUUUGGCGUUCUCCUAAUGUCCGUAGCGCAUUUCAUCCACUCUACUGUGUCACAACUUCUUACCUAUACGUUUUACAAAAAACCAAACCAAGCCAAAGGAUUCCAACGAAAGUUGUGCUGGUGUCGCGUGUGGUCGUUCGCUCUUCGUGGAACUAGGAACUGCGGUAUUCGAGAGUUCGACCAUCGCGGGCGAUGACGUCCACCGUGUGCCCCACGGUGACUUGCGCGUGAAUUAGUUUAUGCCGAGGCAGGCUUCCGCAACAUCUAUCGCACUUUGUCCUCCCUCGCCUACCUGAGCCCAGUGGAAAGACAGUGUCAGGACGACCGGAGGUGGUUUCGAGCGCAAUGGCUAAUGAGGUUAAACUGCCCGUCUGUGUGUACCGCGCAUGGCCUGGUCCUCGCAGAUUACAGCAGGGCCCACUCGCACCUCGCGUGCGUGUAAAUGUCAUAGGGACUAUACUAAGACGGAGCCAUUUAGCCUGUCUGUCGGUCCUCCAGUCACUCCAAGAUACUCCCCGAUCGCCUUCGAAGGGCACUAGGUUCUUCCAAGACCGCCUCCGGUCGUCCUGACAAUAUCUUGCCACCGGGACCAGGUGGGUGGGAAGAGAGAGAUGCUGUGUAUGUCUGCUAUGCCUACGUUGGGCAUAGUCACAUGCGGAGGUCGAACUGUCAUGUCAUGUCAUCCCCUGCGUUAAAAUGCACCUGGAUACUGGUGCAGCACUUCGCAGAACUUGUUUUUUACAUGGUCUGGUACAUGAUUAGGAGACAUGGGCGCCGAUGGUUAUGGUAAAUUUCUCCUUCGUCGGAGUAUGAGCCUCAUGAGACGACUGUUGGUUCUUCCCUGCCGGAGGCGAGACAACUUCUUCGCCAUGUCGUUCCUGAUGACAGGCUCUGCCCUUAUACCUCCUCUGCGGAAGGUUGACCGUGCACCAACUUCAUGCAGUUGCCCUUGUCCCCUAGAAACAGGUCUCGCUAAGAGCUGCGAUGUCCAAUUUAUGGCAAGACCAAAGCUGCCCUUUUUCCUGGUUGCCAGGUCACUGCGUUGUCUAAGUGGAGUGGCAUGUGCCAUUAGAUGCUUUUUCUUCUGAAUACUGGUUUUUUGCGACUUUCUCGUUCUAUGUACAUUUCAAAACCCCUAUUCACUUGUAACAGGCCAAAGUAAGUCCCAUAUAAUUGGCAUUGUGGUUCUAUCAAAAUGUCUUCCAUAUUGUCACGUCACUGCACAGAAAGUGAUCAACUCGCACUCAUCUCAUUUAGCAUGCGCGCGUCGCGGCUGCGGCCCAGUUUUACUCCACCAUUGCAUCAUUGCCUCCCUUGCCAAAAUCCUUGGCCCGUAAAACCUUCGGCUGCUCUUGAGAUGCAGAAUCCCCCCUUUUUGCCCUUUUGUUUGUUCGAGCUCUUACACAGACGACUUUUUUGCAUUUUCCCUCUCUCUUAGGCGAUAUGUUUUGGAGAGGCACAAAGUCAUCCCUCUCCCAAAGUGGAAGGCAGACCCCGUUGUAAAUCCUGAGGCCAUUUUCCCAAAAGGAACGGUAUGUUUUUGGCUGGUCUCUUAUUGAAGGCGCUUCUGCUUAAACAAGUCACAUCCAGCGAACUCCGUUUACUCAGGCCAUGAACAGUUUGUGUCCGUAAAUCAUCCGUAUCAAAUGCCUAGGCGCCGAAACAGACCUAAUGCGCAUGUUUGCGAGUUUGUCUUGCCGAACAGGCAACCACUGCGCACAGUUAGACCGAUGAUUGUCUCAAAAUAGGAUUUAAGGAGACUUCUUUUGAAAGUCAAUUUAUGGCUUUACAGAGCGCUGGUAUAAGCUCUCUUCUUUAAACUGAAGAAUGUCCUCGGGUAUUGCCCAAUGAUGCAUUUGUUGCCUUCGAUCAACUCGGCAGUCGGCAUGCCUUGACUUCUUGUGCAUUUUUUGUCGCGAACCGACUUGCCUAUCUAGUUAGAAAAACUGGAUUAACCUACCCCGUAUGCCCGUUUUUUUUUUCCAUUUAUACCCAGUUGCUAAGUCACUGAAACCACUAAGCCUACUUCCCCUCUUGUCAGUAUGUUUAUUCUACCUUUAUUUCACUGCAUGUAUUUAGAGCUUAUUUAUAUCCACUAACUGCGCGUUAUGGGCAGAUAUGAAGUUUGACUUAUACAAAUGCUGCCUGCGAGGCUUGUAAUCACGAUCUUUUCGAGGAUAUCUUAUAGGCAGUCUUAUUUUCCAAGGGAACUUUUGAUAAUUUUGCAAUACGGCUGCAUUUGAAGGAGAAAAAAGGAGGGAGAUUUUAGUGGUAACUGUAGCCGUGUAGCCUCUCUGAGUGGCAAUCCGCGCGGAACACAACAUCUUGCGUCACGUUGUCUCAUAAAGAUUCCGGCUUCUGAGGGGGGGGGGGGGAACAGCGUCUGUGACGCUUAUAUAUGUUUCCUACCCUGGCGUGCUUACGAGUGAGUGGUCUUGGUCUAAGGUUAUUCACUGGAGGUUGUACACCAUCGAACAAGGUCACAAAAUCAAACCUCUGCAUUCUACUUAUGCAUUCACAAACCCUGCGUCGGCCCGGAGGAGUUUCUCAGUCCUGUCUUUCUUGCAUCUCUUCUAUAGGUGGUUCUCGCGCUAUAUCCGCAAACAACUUGCUUUUACCGUGCUCUCGUCGACAAGAGCCCCUCUCAUGUAAGACUAUGCCUUAUCACUGGACUACUGCUUCUUCGUUUUCUUUUCCGUCGCGUAAGAACCUGGAACUUUUUUUAAAGGAAAAUAUGCUACUAGGGCAUUAGGGAUUCCAUAUGCCAUGCAUCUGCCAAACAUCACCCUUCCCACUCGACCAAACAACGAUUGCGCCCAAGUUACUGACCGGCGUGUGUUUCAGGGAAACCGAGCUGCCCAUACUGCGUUAGGAAACAGCCAUUGAAAGAGGAAGCUAACACAUCUAGUCCAUGUUAUCAAAUCACUAUGGCGCACGCGCCCAGACUAGGUGGGUAUAGGUCGAAUUUUAAUGUUGCGUAUAAAUGCCGAUUUUUGUAAAUGCUCGCUGACUUUAGUAGCUCUGAUUUCGUUUUUUUUUUCGCUUGCGCGCGCCAUGCGUGAUAAACAUUACUGGUGGAGCUUUUGGGGUGCCUGGGGGGUUCACUUUGGUGGGCUGACAGUCGCAUAAAAUGCCAGCCAGCUCCUACCCCAUUUGGGACGCAGCUCACACCGUAGGCUCCCAAAGCUGGGCUGGGCACAGCGACCACACCCGGGUAACCACUGCAACUGGCGUCUCCGCGCCCCCUUCCACUUGCUUACGAAUACGGACUCGACAGCAGGAGAGGCGUCGUCAGCGUUGUGGCGCGCGCAGACGGAGCUUUGUGCCGGUUCGGCUCUUUCGCCCAUGUCCGUCUCCAGUUGUCCUUACCCCUGUUAUUCUAACUAUCGGUAUGGGACUAGGGUUUUUAUCAAUGUUAGGCUAGUCUCUCCCUCAAUAUAAACCAAUGAAUAUGCAAGCAAUUGCUAUUUGUUCCUGAUUGGCGAUUAGCAUUAUCGUGUUAAACCGAUGAAUUACAUGGAUCUUCAGGAGUUGCGUGUAAACAUGAUAGAUAAUGCUUCUCUAACAACACGAGUGGUUGCUCUAACUGCCACAUUAGUAGAAGAAAACUAGUAGGUGCGCUGCAGAGUCUCAUUAGGAAUCCCUCGGACUAAGCCCUUGCCAAUGCGUUCGCGGAGCCAAACUGUCCUCAUGACCUGGUGAUCACAUCAACGUUAGCUGGUCAGGCGCGAGGGUCUUUGAAUGGAUGACGAGGGGAGUCUGGGACGCUGCAGCUAAUGUGGGUGUACUAGCGCUGGGGCCGGAAACCAAAGCCAAAUGCGGAUACCAAUGAAGGCGGUUUGUGAAGUCAUAAAAUGCCAACUUUAAAAAAGUGACUUUGUUGGGCUUGAUCAUUUGGUAGUGGCCGGGAUAACAACAGAACCGUCCAAGUGGGAUCUUAACUACUUUCAUCAACCGGCAACACUCCCUAACAGUAUAAAUGGCGGUGGUCUCUAUUGACGGGAUAGGGGCUUAUUUGCCUUCAAGCUAAAAGAAAUUCGGGAAGCUUAAUGUCGACUGCCCAAACAUUUUUCUAAAUCCAACGUCAAAGGAGUCAUGCAACAGAUAGUAGAACACCCACCGACUAUGUCUUUCCGGACUUACACGCGUCCUCCGGUAAUGCUAUUGAUUAUCUUCUACCUCCGCUUGCAAAUUGCAGUGAAUCCCACCUUGCAUAUUUUGACAAAUUGGGUGGCGGCCCGCUGCAAGAUUAAUCCCGCUUCAAAGCGUUCACUGUUCCUCAUAACAGCAUCGUCUUUUAGGUGCACGAUGAAUACUCACUCUACUUCGAAGACCCCAGUUACCCCAACGGGUAUGCGCCAGCCAUACGAAUUCCUCAGAGGUACGUAAUCUUCUGCCCCAGUGGAGAUCCCAAGAACACUGAGGGCAGUGAGCGCAAGCUCAUUCCGGGCGUGCAAAAGAAGCGAUGA